AUGACUAGUCCACCGCGAGAGCGAGGACGGACCAUGAAGUCAACCCGCCGCAGUUUUUCGCGGACACGCAAGGCGAAGCGAAGAGGUACACCACUCAGAAUCGAGACAGACAUUGCACCUGUCGAGAAGGGCGAGUCCAGCAAAACUGCGUCAGCUGCCAAGCCCAGACCUCCCGUCCAAACCGAGGAUUCUCCAAUUCCUACAAGUCCGGCUUCAAAUAACGUAUCUUCUUGGUUAGAGGACUUGGACGAUUACAAUUGGUCUCCCGAAAUUGACAUCCCUCCCUAUCCUACUUUUACCGGAAAAGGCAAACAGCGAGCCACAGACGAAGAAGUCGCUGCACAGGAAUACUACAGUGGUGGUAAAGGGCCAGUCAGGGCCCAUGGAGAUAAUACACCUCGGCAAUCCGACAGUAGCGAUACUUUAAUGGACGACCUCGACGUCGACUCCGGUACGAACGACUUUGCCGAGACGGGCGACUUCGCCCCCGGCCUUGCUCCUGGUAGAGCUACCCUUUCUGAAGGAGAUAUCGCGCUAGUCAGACAGCUCGAGAGAAUUGAUCUGCAGUAUUUCAGCGAGGAAAACAGGGUGAGGGGACCGGAACUAGAGCUCGUGGAAGAAGAACCUGAACCAGAGGCCGAGGAAGAACCUGAACCAGAGGCCGCGAAGAAUUACAGAGUCAAGGGACUGACACUAGAGUCUGUGAUAGAAGAAACUGAACCAGAGUCCGAGCAAGAAGCUGAACCGGAGCCUGCGAAAGAAGUUGAAUCAGAGCUGGAGGUAGAACCCGAACAGGAGUCGAUGGAAGAGCCUGAAAGCGAGCCAGAAAAUGGAGCAGUAGUCGUGCCAAGGUCAAUAUUUCAGAAUUACAUAAGCCUUGACAAGCCCCUACUACCAUUGCGCCCGUCACCACCAUCCCCAACAACGGAGGACCCGCCCUUGUCGCCGAAAUCGACGAGGUCGUCGAAAAGUCGGCAGUCAAGUAUCAUUGGAAAGUUAGGUACGUCUAUCAAAAGUGAUGGAAGACCACCAUUACCGACGUCACCAACAUCCCCAACAAAGGAUGACUCGCCUUUAUCGCCCACAUCGACGAGGUCAUCGAAAAGACGGCGGUCGAGUAUCAUCAUGGGAAAGAUAGGCACGUCUAUCAAAAGCGGUGCACGGAAAGUUGCUCGUCGAAAAAGCGAGGAUGAGGAGUCAUCUGGUCGCAAAAGCGACGAUGGGAAGGAGUAG